UGUUUUUACUAUAGUAGGUAGUCACUCUGUGCCUUGUGGCCGUCUUAUCAGAUGCCGUUGGGCAGCCAGUAAUAUACUCUUCAAUCGUGAUCUGUAUUCUGUGAUGAUAUUAUACAUUAGCCACCAGGAUUUAAGAUAGAGAAUAUCUAUAGCCGUGCUAGCCACGAAUUCAAAAUUUAAGAUAUGGCCUAUUUAUUAUUAUUUAGUUAUUAAUUAUUAUUAUUUUAUCUUAGUUCGUGUCUCGUGGCAUUCGUGGUGACUCGUGUCAUUUGGCGUAUAAUUCCACUUAUUAUGUACAAAUUAAUCUAUUAAAUUUUAAUAUUUACAUAAUUAUUUUAAUUCAUUUUUCUUAAAUCGUUGAGCAAAAGGAAAUAAUAUAAUUAUUUUUCUAUGAACAUGUAUUUGGAUACGUAUGUAAUCCUACUUGAUAGCAUAAAGUGUUGACAGCUCAUUUACUUAUUAAAAAUAAUUCAACUGACCUACUUUUAAAUAAUAUUUUAAAAUGCAUAUCAGGUAUUGGACUAGUGUAAAACUAUUUACAAAAAAAUUUCAUUCUUCCAGCAUCAGAUUGAAUGCUACAGUAAUAGAUGGGAAAAGUAUUGCCAACACUAUACUAAAUGAAUUACGCCAGGAGACUCAAGAAUGGGUUUCGAAAGGGAAUCGGGCUCCCCAUUUAGUAGCAGUGUUAGUUGGACAAAAUCCAGCAAGUAAAAUUUAUGUGGCCAACAAAAUGAAAGCUGCUGAAGUUGUUGGUAUUGAAACAAAAACAAUAAAGUUCAGUGCAUCAACAAGUGAAAAUGAGCUUCUUGCCUGUAUCAAACGUUUAAAUCACGAUGAAAAUGUUGAUGGAAUUCUAGUCCAGUUACCACUUCCUGAUCAUGUUACUGAACGGACAUUGUGCAAUGCUGUGGCACCACACAAGGAUGUUGAUGGUUUAAACAUUGUUAAUAUUGGAAGAUUUUGUUUGGAUAUGCAAUGUUUGGGACCAUGCACACCGUUGGGUGUUCAUGAGUUAAUUCGAAGAACUGGAAUUCCUACUCUUGGUAAAAAUGCUGUUGUUUGUGGAAGAUCGAAAAAUGUUGGUAUGCCUAUUGCUAUGUUGCUCCAUGCAGAUAAUGCAGGUGAGACAUCAGCAAUGGAUGCAACAACAACGAUAUGCCAUCGAUAUACACCACCAGAUCAACUAGCUUUAUUUACUAAAACAGCUGAUAUUAUUGUAUCAGCAGCAGGUGUUCCUAAUUUAAUUCGUGCUGAUAUGGUCAAACCAGGAGCAGCUAUAAUUGAUGUAGGAAUAACCAGAGUGGAUAACCCGAAAACAUCUAAAUCAUGUCUAGUGGGAGAUGUUGACUUUGAAAAAGUAAAAGAAGUUGCAGGGUACAUAACACCCGUCCCUGGAGGAGUUGGUCCAAUGACAGUGGCAAUGUUAAUGCGUAACACAAUUGCUGCUGCUAAAAAAACUGUGAUUUACAACAUACUGGAUCCUGGUGCAGUAAUAUACAAACAAGCAUCUCAAAUAAAACCUUGAAUAUAAAGCAAGCUAAAAACAAUUUAUUAAUUGAUAUUCCUGAAAAAAUUUGUUCAGCUAUAGAUUUAAAAAAAUUGUACAAGCAUGUGAUAAUAAAAAAAUUAAGUUUAUCAAAAUAAGCUUUAAAACAAACUACUGGCAA